UUUGCGUUUGUGCUUCCAUCAUAGCAACUUUGCCUUCUUCCCACACCUUCCGUCUUGCGCAGUCAGCCCGCUGAGCCUUGUUGCGGGCUACUUCACCGCGAGCGGCGCGGAGAAGAAGCAGCAUGGCUACCAGAUCAUUACGGCACAGAUCGAGCCGCUACUCGAGUCCGGCCACAUUUGGUGAAAAGGAUGCUCCCUCCAAGCCCGUCGAGGCGCCGGUAGCGACGCAUCGUCAACAGACGAGCCUGGACACAUGGAUCGAGCCUCCCGUCCGUCCUGCGGUGCCGAGUUUCGAGGACACAAAAGGGCUGGAGAGAGUGGGUGUGCUGGAAAACAUGCAACCACUGGGCGUGUCUCCUUCCCAGCGGCUGCUGCAGAAGCUGAAGUUGAAUUAUGUUCGGCCGUCACCUAGACCUACUCCCGUUCAGCCCGAGGGUGUACUGCCAACGGUCACAGAGCCUGAAAAGAUGGAUGUCGCUGCAUCCCAGGAGCCGGAAAUAUUGUCGGAUCAACCGCCUGAACCACCUCGACGGGAAGAUACGGUUGUCAUUUCGAGUCCACCGCGUGGCCGACCACCACGGAAAGAGGUUGCGGAGAUGUCACAAGCUGUGGACGUAUCGCCAUCGCCGGCAAAAUUGUCCCUUACCCCCACGAACUACAUAUCGCCCAAACCUCCAUCAAUACAAGAGCAUCUCCGCCGAGAUCGGCUUCAAAACCACGUCGAGCGUGCUGUCCACGAAGCCCAGGAACGAGGAUCGGCAGAUCUGGUGCCUGGGUUGGAGAGACUUCGUGAGGAUGCUCAAUCGAUGCCAGAUUUGUGGAAUGUUUUGGAGGCCGUGGUUCAGCAGUCACCCAAUGCCGCACAGUUCAAAAUCUUCAAACGUUACAUCAAAUCGGGCGUCAAACAACACAGACGCGCGAGUCAAAUAUCAGCCAGUCCAUAUCAGUCUUCUCCUCUUCGACACGACGACCUCACUUCUCCUCGCUCACCAAAAUCGGCUCAGCCCGAUCUCAACGCGAAAGCUCCUUCGCAAGUCUCAAACCCCAGAAUCUCUCUUUACUUCAAUCGUUCCCGUGCUCCAGUGCCUUACGAACCCGAGGACUCGACAAUUUCACCAUCUACGACGCCACGCAACAUGGAUCUCAUCGAUCCGGCUUUGAGACCUAUCCCACUGCCCACCACGUCACCGAACAAGCGGAAGCGAACUCGAAGUGUAUCAAGCGAUUCAUCACUUUCAUCGGCACGAUCAAUUCCUGAUGAUUUUGGCCCUCUUUUGGCCCGCGCCCGGCUGGGUGGUAACAGUGGGCGAUCCAGGUCAGCCAACCAGCGCCAAGCCACAAGCCGAGCAACAGCUGGUAAUCGACUCCGUUCAGCUGCAAGUGCCACACAUCAUCAAUCUGCUGGAAAACUGCCAGUUCCCGAAUCCUCAACUGCCGCCAAAGUCGCAUCCAAGAAAGUGAAGAAAACUCCUGUUGAGCCUGAGUUCGACAUUGAUGAGCUUUCUCAGCGGAAGAGUGAUUUCCUCCUUGACACCUUUCACGACUACAACACCAUCCCUCGACCCGAGAGUAACGAGCGGGAGCUGGUUCAUGGUCAUCCCACACUUAUUGACGUGGGUGAGAGACCGCCUCCGCCAGUGAUUCAUCCGAAUCGUUUACCAACCUCAAACGCCAAUCUGUCAUCACCAGUCAGCGCUCGGGCUCCGCCUGAUACCAUCUUGAUCAAUGGGGCUGGACGAAAGAGAGUCUACGAUGAGAUCGACACGGACGAGAUUGAUACUGCUACUUCCAUAUCAUCAUCGCCGGGUCCGUCGCUGGUACCACCGCCGCCACCGGGCGUGGCAAACGCUGCCUCACGAGGUGCAACCCCGAGAGCUACCAGAUUUCCGCUACUGCAGAAGGGCAUUCGAAAAUCUGCACGUGUGAUGGUCUCACCCAACAAGCCUAAGAAUGGUGGAAUUACAGCAGGAAUUUCACGUGCGGGGCCUUCGCGAGAUGUUGCAAUCGGAAACGGUGCGGACUCGGGGGCAGAGCUGGACAACGACGAGUAUUGCGCAUCGUGCGGUGGCGAAGGAAAGCUUCUUUGCUGUGAUGGCUGUACCAACUCGUUCCACCACGCAUGCCUAGAGCCACCGUUGGAUGCCGACCAGGAAGUUGACGGUGAAUGGUUUUGCCCGCAAUGCAUUGCGAAGAGAUCAAAAUCAACCACUAAGCCGACAGGCCUUCUCGGGUCGCUCAUUCGCCGAGUUGAUGAUACGAUCCCGAAAGCAUUCGCGCUGCCCCAGGACGUCCGGGAAUACUUUGAAGGCGUCAAGACCGGCGAGGAAGGCGAGUAUGAAGACGUCGGCCUGCCCCGGACUCAAAACAAUGCGGUCAAGAUGAACAGAGCUGGUUUCAUCGAAGAGCCAAACUACAAAGAGACUCGUGACAGCAAAGGCAAUCUCAUCAUCUGCUAUUCGUGUGGUCAUACCUCCAAUGGUCGCGAUAUCAUCCCUUGCGACUUUUGUCCAGCCAAGUGGCACUUGGACUGCAUCGACCCACCACUUGCGGUGCCGCCACGACGACGUGCCGACUGGAAGCCGACCUCAUCCUGGCGUUGUCCUCUGCAUGUCGAGCAAGACCUGACAGCUAUUGGUCGUCAAGCCGAAGCUGCCCCUGGCGACAUGGGCCGUGUCCCAAGACUACGCAAACCCAAAAAUGCCGUGCCAUUGGAUGUUCCUCUACCACGCGGGUUUAGAAAUAAUGGUAUCAUCGAGGUCGAAUUGAUGAAAGAUGAAAUUGACUUGGAUAAGACGAGAGAAUUCAAUAUGGAGGGCAAGAUCUAUCGAGUCCCAGAGAAAGGUAUUCGCCUGGAUUUCAUUGACCGUGUCAAGAAGAGCUGGUACGAAGAUCAAUCGUUCCCAAGAAUAUUGGAUGGCCCAAAGAGAAUACGCAGCAAGAAAUAUCGACCUGAAAAUGCUGUACUACAUCAUCCGCCGCAAGAGACUGAGGUCAAGAUCCCAGAGCCCGAUUUCUGGACCGGUGCAAACGCAUUGGCCAUCACUGAAACUGCAAAGGCGAACGCAGCUUUACGGAAUCGUUCAAUCAAAGAACAACAAACAGUUCUUUCUCUAGCCGAGAUGUCGCAGAAGGGUCUCAACGGCUACUCUGGCGACGCAUUGGCCGAACUGACGAACCAACUCGUCAGCGAAGCUCCUCCUGAGGUGGUAGAAGCUGUUGAACAGAGUGAAAUCGAUCGAUUGAUGAGCUUGCAAGAACUAAUCAGCAGAAGACUUGCCGUUCUCCGCCGUGGAACUCCCUCCCCUGCAUCGGAAGGCCAAAGUCCUGCUCAGAACGGCAAAGAGCUUUCCCCGAAGGAUAUCGCUCUUGAUGAUAUGUACGGAUUGCUCAACGGUGGCCCUUACAAAUUCCUUACCAAUGGUCCGACGGACGGCACGGCGAACAGAGAAGAAGAUGAUGCUGAUAAUGAGAUGGAAUUGUCUCCUUGAUGCUCGGCAUCGCUAACUCGAGGUCGCAAAUUGUAUGGAACUGUCAGAUGGGAGCUUGAUCAGUCCAUGUCGCCACAGAGGUAUCACCAGCUUCUAAUCCUUUUCCUUCCCACGCCGACAUGAUUGCAAUGCUUGCGUACCAAGUCGUGUCAGAGUCUCAGCAUUUUCACCUCCUCCCAACAGCACUCCCAUCUUCCGUCUUUGCCCUGUGCAUGGACUUGUUCUUGAGAGACUGGGAGCACUCCAUCAUCUCUUGGUAUGCCAGAAAGAAUGUAUUGUUGGGCAUGGGUGUUUUUUCUCCAGGUUGCAGGCCGCAGGUGCUGUUGGGGUCCAUUUUGAGCUUGGAAGACAGGAAGGCGGCUCUUGUCACAGCAUGCAACGCCUAAUAAGCGACGACGCGACGGCUCGACGACGCAGGCAUCAAAAGGAAGUUGAGGCGCCUUGAACGACAAGGCAAGGCAAUGCAAGUUGAAGAUAGGGGCCAUCAUGGGCUAUGUAUGAUAUAUCACAACAGCCCGCACAUAAUCAGUCGGUCUAGUCUAAUGGCAUAUCUUAUGAACGCUGCAUGAGGAGGAGUGAGUGCCAACGGCGGCGGAGCGGAGCGUCAGCCUGAAUGGAUUUGUAGAACAGGAAUCCUGUAAUCUGUACGGAGUAAGGUGCC